AUGAAGGGCGCUCUGGGCCAGAGCACCGAGAACAAGCGGGUGCGCGUCGGCUCUCCCGACGCAACCGUAGAGCGCCAGCCGCGAGGGAGCGCAGCGACGACACGGAGUGGCGGCACCGAUGAGAAGCCGCACCCUCCACGGCUAGAGGAAGGCACCCAGCCUCUGACCGGGCAGUUCAAGACCAAGGCGGGCGACCUGCGGAGGUUCCAGUGCGUGUCGCGCAAGGGGAACCCCCCAGCGUCGCUUCGCUGGCAGCUGGACGGCCAGGACGUGACCGCCCUCGCCAACCAGACCAACCAGACUGACGUCGAGAAGCGCGGUACGUGGCAGGCCCUGUCCGUGCUCGACUACACCUUCGUCAAGGAGCACAACGGCCGGGAGCUGCGCUGCGUAGCCUACCACGGCGCCUACGAGGACCCGUCUGGCGGGCCGGGACAUAGGGACGUCAGCGUGAUCCUCGACGUCAUGUACCCUCCGGAGAUCAAGUACGAGGGUCAUCCUCGGGAGGAGGUCGAGGAGGGCGGCUCGCUAACGCUGAACUGCGUGGCGGACGCCAACCCGCCGGCGAACAUCCUGUGGCGCAAGUCGGGACAGUCGAGCAUCUACGACAUCAACAACAGCAUCCACUUCCCUUCCAUUCAGCGCACAGACUCCGGCGUCUACAGCUGCUCGGCCAAGAACGACUUCGGAGAGAGCACCGAAAUACAGGUCACCGUCAACGUCAAGUACAGGCCAAAGAUCAUCCAAGUGGACCCUUCAUCACCAGCCACAUUCAAUGUGGACGAUGUCAUGGCGUUGCACUGCGUUGCGGAAGGAAACCCUGUGCCAAAGAUCACGUGGCUACAACAGAAUGGCAGAGACCCCAACGUGUGGAACAUCCGUGGUCGCAACGCCACGCUGAUGGUUGCAAACGCCAGCUACAGUCACCAGGGCGUCUACCGCUGUGAGGCGAGCAACGUGGUCAAGAACCAGCCCUAUCGCGUCCAGUCGCCAGAAGUGCGCAUCGACAUCCGAGGUCCUCCUCAGAUAAUGGUGGAGAGCAUGAAGACCCGUCCUGUUGUGGUUGCCAGCAAGGAGGAGGACGCGGCGGUCACGGUCGUGUUCUGCGCCGACCCCAAACCCGUGGAGACCUUCUGGGGAUGGGGCUCCUACAAGCUCAAGACGGGCAGUGCCCUCGGACGCUUCGUGGCAGAACCCCUGCUGUCGGACGAAGAGCUGCAGGACUGUUACGAAUCUCGCCUGCUCAUUCAGAAGGUCGAGAGCGACGACUCCCGAAAGUUCACGUUGUAUGUGGACAACGGGAAGGGCAAGGCUUCGUACACGGUGUCAUUAGAAGUGAAGGAACCACUGGCAAUGACACUGGUCAUCGCUAUUGCCGUGGGUGGCGUCGUCUUCCUGAUUAUCUUCCUCACCCUCUUCGUGUACCUCGUGAGGUCAGAAAAGAUGUGCUUCAGAC